GCCAUCAGUGACAGGCUUGCUGUUAUCAAACUGCCUUCUAAGCUCAGACAUGUCAUUGGUGAACUGAAUAUUUAUAUCCUCCCCAAAAUUUAUGUGAUGAAAUCCUAACUCCUAUGUGAUGAAAUCCUAACUCCUCCCCAAAAUUUAUGUGAUGAAAUCCUAACCCCUAAGGUUGCCCUUGGGCUCUGCCUAUAGGAACCCGGACCAGGACGGGUGGAAUAGGUAUACUCAUGACAACACAAACCCUAAAAACAUUAUGCUUAAUGCCAGAAGUAGAAACCAAAGGUAAAACCUGAAGUCAUACCAUUUACAUACGUGAGAAGUGCACAUGUAUUAUACAACACCAAUUUUGCAAAAAUACCCCCAAACGCACAUAAAAGAAUUAACAGUGGUAUUGGGCCGUGUGUGGUAGCUCACACCUGUAAUCCUAGCACUCUGGGAGGCCAAAGCAGAUGGAUGGCUUGAGUUUAGGAGUUGGAGACCAACCUGAGUAAGAUCAAAAUCUCAUCUCUACUAAAAAUAGGAAAAAAAAACAAAACUAGCUAGGUGUAGUGGCACAUGCCUGUGGUCCCAGUUCCUAGGGAGGCUGAGGCAAGAGGAUUGGUCAAGCCCAAGAGUUUCAGGUUGCUGUGAGCUAUGAUGCCACAGCACUCUACCCAGGACAACAGAGUUAGACUCCGUCUCAAAAAUAAAAAAAAGUCUUAUUGAUUAAGAGGCAUUAGCUGUUGGACAGGGUGGCUGCUAGAAACAGCAUUAUGUGUGAAUUUUAAAAAGGCAUGCUCCCCCAAACCCCAGUAGAAGCAUCCCUUUUGGGUAGAGAAGGCUUGAUGGGCAGAAAGAAUGAAUGAAUGAAUGAAACAUGAGAGGUGCCUUGUUGGACCAGUGAUGAUGAUUUACCAUGCAGAAGGUGGAGAUCUGUUCAAAGGUCUGUAAGUGCUAACAUUUAUUCUAUUCUACUUCCAGAAAUUGUUAGGGCAAAGGGUCUCCCCCACCCAACUCCAGGCUCAAGGGGGAAGGGGGGGCUAAUGUCCUAGGGUCUGUCCCUAGCAGCAGAUUCCUGGCUGGGGUCAGGGGGAUCUGCCAGUCCCUGUUUCACCUCUUGCCCUGGUGGUCUCUAUUACUAAUCUUGCUGGUUGAAACCUAGGUCAACAAUACUCCCUAAUGGUGAGCAGCGUGUGGGCAGCUCUGGGGCUGUCCCUUACCUGCAUCUCAGCCCUCAGCCUCAUCUCCCCUGCGUGGUUCCAGACACACACUUUCUCCUUUGGUGUCCUCACCUACUGCUCUUCGCCUCAAGGUGACAGCUGGAACCAGAGCUGUGUGACCUUCAGGUCCCUCAAGGAUAUUUCUGACUUUCCUUGGAAGGUCUCAGCUGUGAUGCUUCUCGGAGGCUGGCUGCUAUUGGUCUUCAAUGCAAUUCUCCUCCUGUCCUGGGCCCUGGCCCCCAAAGGGCUGUGCCCAAGCAGGGUCAGUGGCCCAAUGCCAGGGGUGCAGGCAGUGGCAGCCACUGCCACCAUUGCGGGCCUGCUGGUUUUCCCAGUCAGCCUGGCUUCCCCAUUCGCCAAAGCAGUCUGUGAAGGCUCCUCUGUGUACCAUGGUGGAAGGUGCCAACCAGGCUGGGGCUAUGUGAUUGCCAUCUUCAGUGCAGUCCUGGCCAGCCUCCUGCCUGUGAUCAGCUGGCCUCGUGUGACCAUGACCAGCAUCCAGGGGAUGACCAUCUUCUUCUCCAGCGACACAGAGAGAAUCAUCCUUAUGCCGGAAAUGAACAAAUAAAAAUCUCCCAGGAGAAGCAAAAAGAGUGCUAGAUCUAGAGUUGUAUGAAAUGGUCACAUAGCUAGUCUCAAAUCCAAGCUCUACUGCUUCCUUGUGGUGUGACCUCAGGCAAGACCCUUCACCUCUCUGGACCCUAGUUUUUCCUUCUAUAAAAUCAAAGUUGAAAUAAUGCCUACCUCAUGAGGUUGCUCUGAGAAUUAACUCCAGUUUCUUUAUAUAAAUAAAGCACUUCGCACCAUGUCUGGCACACAACACUCAAUAAAUGUUAGCUACUAUUAUUAUAAUCUCUACCUCACAGGGUUGUGGUAGGAG